AUGAGGAGGGCGCUCCGGUGCUGCUGGGGGGACGCCGGGCAGCCGGGGGGCGCGGACUCCCCGCGGGCCCUCGCCCACUACAAAGCUGUCACCAAGUGGCACCGGGCGGCCAGCGUGGGCGACGCGGCCCGAGUGCGGAAGAUGCUGGUGCGGGGGAAGGCGGACGUGAACGCCGCGGACAGGCAAGACCGCCAGGAGUCCAUGUUGGGAGAAGUGGGGCCCUCGCGGCUCCGCGUCCACACUGCCCGGGGGGAGGCUGCGGCUUCGGAGCGCGCUCUGCCAGGUCCUGAGAGGCCUUUGCACCCGCACAGGACGGCUCUGCAUUUUGCCUGUGCCUAUGGCCACCCAAAAGUGGUGACCCUCCUUCUGAGGAGUGGUUGUGAAGUGGAUGCUGUGGAUAGCGACUGCAACACAGCUCUGAUGAAGGCUACCCAGUGCCAACAAGAGGACUGUGUGUGUAUUCUGCUGGAACAUGGUGCUGACCCAAACAGGAGAGAUGCCUGUGGGAAAACUGCCCUCCAGCACGCCGUUUCUGUGGGGAACAUCAGGAUAGCUGCGAAACUGGUGGCAUUUGGGGCCUACGUGGACAACAUCAGAAAGGAUAUCCUGUUAGAAAUUAGCAAUGCUGCCAAGGAAGAUGAACAACACAUGAGCAACACAUCAUUAAAGAAUGAAGAAGAUGAAGGCAAAGUUGAUGACAUGGAAAAUAAAUGCCGGGGACAAGAGGAAAGCAACGAAGAAACUACUGCAUCUCAUGAAAAUGUUCCCGAAGAAGAGCAUACUAAGAAACUCCACGUGAAAACACAACUUGAAACAGAUAUGAUACCACCAGAUAUGGAACUGAAUGGUUCAGAGGUAAACGUGAGUGAGGAUGAAGCCUUGGAAAUUACCACUCCUGAAAAGGAAUGUGAACACCAGAAGACAGAAACAACAUUAAAGAAUGAAGAAAAUGAAGGCGAAGUUGAUGACAUGGAAAAUAAAUGCCGAGGAAAAGAGGAAAGCAACGAAGAAACUACUGCAUCUCAUGAAAAUGUUCCAGAAGAAGAGCAUACUAACAAACUCCACGUGAAAACACAGCUUGAAACAGAUAUGACACCACCAGAUAUGGAACUGAAUGGUUCAAAGGUAAACGUGAGUGAGGAUGAAAAUGUGCACAUCCAAUCCUCCAAAUGUGAACAGCUGUCAAAGGAAAUGGGUGUCCUCAAAGAGGAGUUACGGCUCAUGAGAAGCGCAUAUGAGUCACAGACAGAAGAAUUUGCAAAGCUGACUCAUAAACUAUACAGGGAAAAACUUCAGACCAAGCGAUACAAAGAAAUCUCUAAGGUUUCUGCUGCCUCAGAGAAUCUGCAGAUGGGCAAAUAUCAACAGCUGCAAGAAGAAAAUAAUUUCCUCAAAGAGCAGUUACAGUCCCUGCAAAGCAAAAACGAUUCACUGGCUGAGGAGAAUACAAAGCUGAAGGAAGACCAAAAACAUCUUACUGAGAGUUGCAAGUGUACCAUAGCUAUGACAGAACAGUACAGAAUAUUCCUCACACAAAAAACGGAAAGCGAAAUAAGUGAACAAGCAGAAAAAGUGUCCAACUUUAUACAGGAGCAGAACAGAGCUCGAGCAUAUCAGGACGCUGUUUGGACAUCGACAGUGCAAGCACAACUAUCUAAAAUCUCCCAGCUAUCAAAUAAAUUACAGGAAUGUGAAAGAAAGAUUAAGAGACUGGAGGAUGAAAAUUGUAAGCUUCAUCUAAGAGUUCAUCUGUGUCAAACAUCGUCUGAAACUUUUACUACCAGGAAUAGCUUAAACAACCCUACUGAGAGAAAUUCUCAGAGUUUUCUGGGACCUCGGACGCAUUUUUCAGCAAGAGAAGACUAUGCGGAUUUGAGCCCAAGACUAAGAUCUGCAUUUGAGAAGGUGGACGCCUUCCUGAGAAAACUUUAG